GCAUAUUCAUACAUUGAUGGAUGAGAGGAGAAUGGAGCUGAGGAAAGAGCACCAACACCGCUAAUCUUCCUUCAAUGGCUUUCGCUGCCAGCCGCCAAUAACAUCCUGCUUUUUCUCUUCCAAUCACACCAGAAUUGAAGCAGAUGAGCUGCUGAUGCAGCUUGCUAUUAUUAUUAUCUGGUAAAUAUGAAUACUGGUAAUAUUAAUAUUAUUAUUCCCCCUUCUUCUCCAAGGCUACCCAAUUCCUUAAUUCCGCCGCAUAAUACCAGUCAUACUCCUCCACAAUAUUCCAAAAAGAAGACCAGUAAUGGCAGUUUUCAAUUGCUGAGCACCACCUCCAAAUUGUCUGCCAUUCAAUGUAGUCAAAGCAGUGGCGGCGGCCUUUUGGCUGCGCCACCCACAUCCCUCACAAACGGUUGGGCAGCGUUUGCAAAUAAGGUGAGUGGUGAGUGGGAUGGAUUCGGAGCAGAUUUCACGGAGCAAGGGAAGCCAAUGGAGUUGCCGGAAUCUGUUGUCCCUGAAGCCUACAGGGAGUGGGAAGUGAAGGUUUUUGAUUGGCAGACUCAGUGCCCCACUCUCGCUCAUCCCUCUAAUUUCUCUUUCGACUACAAGUUGAUUCGCCUGCUUCCUACCGUCGGCUGCGAAGCCGACGCAGCCACAAGGUACAGCGUCGACGAGAGGAGCAUCACAACUUCUUCUUGUACUGCUUUUGCAUAUCAUCCUACCACCGGAUGCUAUGUUGCUGCCUGGGCUGCUUCUACAUUGGAGUUGGAAUUGGAGCAUUGCUUGAUUGACCCUCGAGAUAAAGAGUCUAGGGUUCGAAUCAUUCAAGUCCUCCGCUUAUUACGUGGUAAUGAUGAUUCUAACCCAACCCCGCUGCUGGAAUUGAAGACUGUUAAGGUAUUCCGCGAGCAGUGGUACGGCCCAUUCCGUGACGGGGACCAGCUGGGUGGCUGCGCCAUUAGAGACUCCGCAUUUGCAUCUACUCCACCUUUGGACGCUUCCCAGAUCACUGGUGUUUGGGAAGGCCCCAUAGCCACUGCCACCUUCCUUAACUCUCCUCCUAAGAAUGUUGACAUCCAAGAAGUCAAUGAGGGCUCAACAAUGGUUACAGUUCGAGACAAAGCAGCCAAUCUGGUAUUGCUCCCAAAGCAACUUUGGUGCUGCUUAAAGGACACCGAGAUUAGCGGGGAAACUUGCUGUGAAGCCGGAUGGCUGUUGGAUAAAGGAAGCGCCAUCACCUCCAACUGCAUCUUGUCUAAAACAGGGGACUUGAAGCAAGUUGCAAUAGCGUAUCAACAUGCAACUCCAGAAUCAGUACCACAGUAACAUGGCAAACAAGUUGCAGUAAUUCAAUACAUCUCAUGCUGUGGCCCUAGCUUGGAUGCACAUACAAACUUGCUCGCUUUUCAUUUCUUUGAGUUUUCCUUUCUUGCAUACCAUAUAGUUUAGAAUGGAAUGCAACAUCAAAAUCACUGGUUGAUUGGUAUGUAUAUAUGAAUGCAUGUAUGACUGAAAUACUUACUUAGUA